AUGGAGCAACGUUUUCAACUUCUCCUCCUUCUCUUGUUGAUUCCCAUCCAACAAAGUUGCGGCUACCUUUUUGAUGUUCAAGAUGCGAUCUACGAAUUCCUCGUGACGAACUGCUCUAACAAUGAAAGGGUGUUAACUUUUGAUAUCGAAGGAGACAACAAAACCCGAGGUGCCACUGGGAACGCCGAAAAACUUGCAGAACACCCACCUGUGAAGUUCCACGUCGGCCCGGUGACGUACGGCACUGCUAAAGUACAAUCGCUAGAGUUGUCUGCUGUCUAUGUCCAGACUUUUCACAACAACCAGUCUGACGUGGAGGACAGGGCUUAUAUAUCGGAACAAAUAGAACAGGAAGACGAGUACAUGUGGACCGUUACCAGUGGAGCAGAAUUAUCUCUUAAGGUCAAGUUCAAAGUAGAAGUUCCACUAGUAUAUAGUUUCAGCACAGAAUUUUCAGGAACACUGAAGACUAGUUCUGGAUCCACCACGGUCGAAACACGCACUACGCGACAAUGGAUUAAACAAGAUGUAAGAAUACCCCCUGGAGCCAUUAUUGAAGCCAAGUGGUAUGUCAGCAAAGCGCAAGUGGAGGUGCCAUGGGAAUCAAACAUUACCAUGAAGGGAUACGUCGCAGCGUUGUUUGAAUCACCCACUGGGCUAACAUGGAAGUACUUUAAUGUGAACGACAUUAAACAUGAACAAUUAAUACACGAAGAAGAUUCCGUCAUAUUCCAGGCAAAGGGGCUGUUUAAAGCAAACGUAGCUCAGAGCUACCACCUUUCCACCACCGAGAGAGAAUUAACGCAUCACACUGCGAGCUUGGCUAAAUAUAUUUUCGAGGAAUAAAGUUGGUGCACCA